AUGGACGAUGUCGGACGUAUGUUCGACUGGGAGGAUGAGGCCCUCGAGGAACGCUGCCUAGAUUUACAGGAUAAGAAUAUCAGCACGAGCGACAUCGGCGCGUUCCUCCAGUCGUUGGACGGGCUCCAUGACGUCAGUUCUUUAAAGGUCGUCAACCUAGCCGGCAAUCGUGUGGGGUCCAAACGCGAGAGCAUGGUGCCGAUCGAUACCCUGCUCACAGCAUCUGCAAGAAGUCUCACGGCGCUGAAUUUUUGUGGCAAUCCGCUUGGGGAGGAGCAGCGAUACGUUGGGCCUUUGGUGGCGCUGGCAGACACGCUGACGAGUUUGUCUCGCCUCAAGGUGCUGGACCUGUCGAACUGCACCCUUAUCGGCCUGUCGGGGAACCGUUACCACGGCCUCAACGCGCUUGGAAACACCUUGGCGAGUGGCAAGAAAUUGACACACCUCAGAAUAUCUGGCAACCGCCUCCACAGUGAAGCCGCGCUGAUUGUCGGCGGCUGGUUGCCCUCUUUGCCCAAGCUGCGGUACCUCGACUUGUCCAGCCGGUCGGGCUUCGAUCCGUUGUGCGGAGCCUUCCGCACAUCCUUGCACCUGCGAACCCUGCUCCUGCGUGAUGUCGGCAUGGACGACCUGGAGGCGGAAGGAGUGGCGUCGUUCUUGGCGCUCUCUGUUCGCCUCGAAAAGCUGGAUCUUUCUGAGAAUCAGGAAAGGCUGUCGGGGAACGAUAUCCCCCCCUCUGACGUUGAGGAGAUGCAGGAGUACGCCUCAUCGAACGUCGAACUACGGGCCGUCGCAGAUGCGCCGGAGAGCUACGACUUGUGGCAAGCAUCCGAAAUAGUCGAAACCUGCCUGGUGGCCAAGUUCGACCGCCUGCCACCGGGCGUUGCGGACGCCCUGAAGAAAAACCCCACCUUUGUCGAAGAAGAGGGGCCGAUGCGAGAGGCGGUCUUGGCUGCCUCGCCCCUCACCAAGCAAGAGCUAUUGAGGAACAGCCCCGGAGCGGAGGAUAUCGCCAUGAAGGUUGGAUGUGGAUGUGGAGGGAGGGGGAGGCUGUGA